AUGGCCGCCGCUACUCGCUCCGUCCGCAUGGCCUCGCGCCUCACCUUCUCCCGCCCUUCGGCUCUUUUUGCCCAGAAGGCCUCGGUUGCCCAACGCGCCGCCUUCUCGGUUUCCACUCGCAACCUCAAGUCUGAGGUCGUCAAGGAGACGGAGGUUCCCGUCUCUAUCUACUCUGGCGACGCAAAGGGAGCCGCCUCCUCCAACACUGGGGAUCACUUCAGCAUUCCCGUAAAGCCUCGCCAGCAGGUUGCGGAGAGCGAGCCCGAUGACCACGUGCAGCCCUUGGAGGAUAAGGUCUAUCGUCAGAUGCCUCGCACUCUUCAAAAGAUGAGCGUCAUGGGCAAGGUUAUUAUCAUUACUGGUGGUGCCCGUGGUCUCGGUAACUACAUGGCUCGCGCUUGCGCCGAGGCUGGUGCCAAGGCCAUUGUUAUUUUCGAUGCCAACCAGGACCUCGGCGACGAGUCUGCUGCUGAGCUUCACCAGAAGACCGGCCUUCCCGUCUCAUUCUUCAAGGUAGAUGUUCGUGAUGGCAGCGCCAUCAACGCUGCCGUCCAGAACGUUGUUGACCUCUAUGGCGCUCCCGACGUCCUGGUUAACUCGGCCGGUAUCGCCGACUCGAACAUUCCUGCCGAGAAGUACGAUGCUGCCAUGUUCCGUCGUCUCAUUGACAUCAACCUCAACGGCUCUUUCCUGAUGUCCCAGGCCGUCGGCCGCGCCAUGAUGGCCGCUGGCAAGCCCGGCUCUAUUAUCCUUGUUGCUUCGAUGUCCGGCACCAUCGUCAACUACCCUCAGGAACAGUCGUGCUACAACGCCUCCAAGGCUGGUGUCAUCCAGCUCGGCAAGUCUCUUGCUGCCGAGUGGGCCAAGUACAACAUCCGUGUUAACUGCAUUUCCCCCGGUUACAUGGAUACCGCCCUGAACAAGGUCCCUGCCCUUGACGCCCAGAAGAAGAUCUGGAAGUCGCUGACUCCCCAGGAGCGUUUGGGUGCCGUUGACGAUCUCAACGGCCUCUGCGUCUUCCUUGCGUCUGACGCUUCCAGCUUCAUGACCGGCUCCAAUGUCAUCAUUGACGGUGGCUACACUCUUUACUAA